UGUUGUAGAGUGCGAUCGUCAGUCAUAGUUUUGAAUUGKGGUGUUUGUGAUCAAUUUUUAAUGAUUUCGGUUAAGUGUUCAUUUGAUGUGGCUGUUUUUAGAGUGGUUCAAAGAUGAUUUGUAUCAUUCUAGUGGCUGGGCAUGGGACGUUGUUAGAAAGAGAAAUCAAGAAUGAUGUUUCUGGGAAGUACACAGAUCUACAAGGAGUCCCAAAGGCCUUGCUUCCUGGUGUUGGUAGCAAGUGCAUUCUUGACUUUUGGUGGGAGGCUAUCAAGAUGAGACAGUUAUUUGUUGAUGUGUUUCUUGUUACCAAUGCAGACAAGUAUAAGUAUUAUGAAAGGUGGGCCACAGCUCAUGACUUUCCUGUGGAAAACAUCAUCAAUGAUGGAACCACAACAGUUGACACCAGACUUGGUGCAGUGGCUGAUUUUGAGUUAGUAAUUAGAACAAAAAACAUCCAAGAUGAUAUAAUGGUGGUUGCAGGAGACAUGCUUUUCCAGGACAGAAACUUUGACAUUGCUCAAGUUAUUAAAUAUUUUAAACUCAAGAGAGGAGAGCUUGCUAUUUACUAUGAGAUGGRAGAAACAGAGAAAACAGAAACAAGAGGAAUAGUAGAAGUUUGUGAGUCUACCAACAGGAUUGAAAGAUUUCUAGAAAAGCCAAAACCUGAUCAAACAAACUCACGACUUGCAAGUGUGGUGUUCUACUGUUUUCAAAAACAAACCUUGGGUACAGUUGGUGUAUAUUUAAAAGAUAAGGCUGAUCUAAAUCAAAGAGGAUUUGGAAGUUAUAUGGAAUGGCUUGUCAAUCAAACACCGGUGUAUGGAAUGAAACUUCCUACUGGAUUUCAAUUAAUAGGACAAGUGAGUUUGUCUGACUAUGAGAAAUGGGUUGCUUACUUCUCAAGGAUUACUGAAACUGGAAGCAAGCUACAGCCAUAUACUGCCAGGGCAUAUGCAAGGAUAGGUCUGAUAGGCAAUCCAUCUGAUGGUUUUAAUGGAAAGACUAUUUCAAUGACUAUUGCCAACUUUUGGGCUGAAGUCACAAUACAAGAAAGUCAGCAGCUAGUUUUAGUGCCACAUCCACUAAAUGACCCCACAGAGUUUGGCAGUCUUGGUGACCUUCAUGGAAUCAGCCGGAAAGAAGGUUAUCUUGGAGGGCUACGCUUGCUGCAAGCAACAUGUAAGAAAUUCUACCAGUACUGCUAUGAAAAAGGCAUUGCUUUGGCUAAAAAGAAUUUUACCUUAAAGUAUGAUACCAAUAUUCCUCGACAAGUGGGCCUUGCUGGGAGCAGUGCUAUAGUAACAGCCACAUUACGGUGUUUAAUGAAUUUCUACAACAUCACUGAUAAGGACAUUGCCAAACCUCUUCAGCCAAAAUUUGUAUUAGAUGUAGAAAUGGAUGAGUUAUUCAUUCAAGCUGGCUUGCAAGAUCGUGUCAUUCAGGUUUAUGAAGGCCUUGUGUUCAUGGAUUUUAGUGCAAGUUUAAUGGCGUCUCAGGGUCAUGGUGAUUAUGUGAAUCUUGACAUGAAUAGCGCUCCUAAUCUUUGGCUGGCAUAUCAUACAGACCCAAGUGACUCUGGUAAAAUACACAGUGAUGUCAGGUUUAGAUGGAACCAAGGAGAUCCAGAAGUUGUUGAGGCAAUGCAGCAAUUUGCAGAACUUACAGACCUUGCAAAAGAAGCAUUGAUGAAAAAAGAUUUUGAAAGGCUGUUAGAUUUAAUGAACCAAAACUUUGAUCUCCGAAGGUCAAUAUAUGGAGAUGAAGCUCUGGGACARAUAAACCUGAAAAUGAUUCAACUUSCCAGAAAGUAUGGGUCUUCUGCUAAAUUUCCUGGAAGUGGAGGUGCUAUUAUUGGCUUAUGUCWGGAUAAUAGACAACUAGAAGAAUUGAAGAAAGCUUUUCAAUCUGAAGGAUUUGUUGUAUGUGAUAUUGUACCUUAUUCAUAACAAUCGUGAUUAAGUAUUUUUAAUCGUGUUCAAUACCAGUAUUUCAAUGCCAUAGUUUUUGUCAUGGUCCCCAUAUUCAUGGGAAAAUAACUUACUUAGUUCUCRUGCGAUCUCUUAUAAUUUAUCAGUCACUUAUUACUCUAUUUUCUUAGUCUAAUAUUAUUAUACAAAGAUAGAACUUAUAUUUUAUGAACUGAUUUGUAGUUGGUCUCAAAACCAAUACUAACUUUUUACCAUGUAAUUAAUAGCAUUAUAUUAAUUAGUUAUCAUAAAUAUUAUGUCUAAUUCAUUCAAAAUAUCUACUUCCAAGUAUUCUAGCAUAUAUACUAGAGAGAGUAAAAAUCUAAAGAAACAAA